AUGGAGCUGUUGGUGAAGAAAAAAGCAGCAAAUGGUUCAAUUUUUCUAAAUGGAAAAUUAAUUAAAAGAAUAAAUCGAGAUAUUGGAUAUUGUCCACAAUAUGAUUUUAUUCAAGAUAAAUUAACUUUAGAAGUUUGUCUUUAUUUAUUUGGACGCUUACGUGGAAUUGUUAAUCAUCAUCUUAAAAAAACAAUCAAAGUUAUUUACAAUUUAUUUUUAUGUGAUCAUGAAACUAAACAAUAUAUUAAACAAUUAAGUCGAGGAACUAUGAGAAAAAUACAUACAGCUAUUGCUUGUCUUGAACCACCAACUAUUAUUCUUCUCGACUUUUUUGCUCAAUUAGAGUUUGAGUUUAAAGUAGUUUGGGAUUUUGUUAGGAUUUUCAGUUAUAACAAUGAUUAUAACGAAGAAACAGACGAUGAAACAUUCACGUUUGAUAAUACUGAAACAGAUAAAGCAUAA